AAGUGCGCCGCGAUAAAGGCGCCGGCUGGCUCCCUCCUCUCCUCUCCGUCGGCUCGUCCUUCCCGCGGCUGUCCGGUCCCGCCGCAGCCAUGGUCCUGAACCCCGUCAUCGGAAAGCUGGUCCACAAGAGGGUGGUGCUGGCCAGCGCCUCUCCGCGCCGCCAGGAGAUCCUCACCAACGCGGGCCUCCGGUUUGAAGUUGUUCCCUCCUGGUUCAAGGAGACGCUUGAGAAGUCAUCUUUCGCAGCUCCCUUUGAAUAUGCCGUAGAAACUGCAAGGCAAAAGGCACUUGAAGUGGCAAACAGAAUGCAUCUGAAACAUCUUAGAACACCCGAUGUCGUUAUAGGGGCAGACACCAUAGUGACAAUAGAAGAACAGAUUUUGGAGAAACCAGUGGACAAACAAGACGCAUAUAGGAUGCUUUCAAAGCUGAGUGGCAAGGAGCACAGUGUCUUCACGGGUGUCGCAAUUGUUCAUUGCAGCAGUAAAGAUAAUCAGCUAGAGACUGAAGUCACAGAUUUCUAUGAAGAAACCAAAGUUAAGUUUUCUGCCCUCUCUGAGGAACUCUUAUGGGAGUAUAUUCACAGUGGUGAGCCCAUGGACAAAGCUGGUGGCUAUGGGAUCCAGGCACUUGGGGGAAUGUUAGUGGAAUAUGUUCACGGAGACUUCUUGAACGUGGUGGGGUUUCCUUUGAAUCGCUUCUGCAAAAAGUUAGCAGAAUUGUAUUAUCCGCCCCCAAAGCACACCAUCCAUCACAUAAAGCAUGACUCCAUCCCUUCAGUAGAGACUUUUGAGAUUUUAAGUGAUGGGGAGUGUGACUCUUCGGAUAACCACACACAGUUUGAAAGCGCUAAGAAGCAAAACAGCAGUGGAGUCCCCCACAGCCUGGAAAAGUGCACAAAGAGCAGUCAUUCUUGCAACACACCUGUGGAAAGUCAGAAUGGAGUAAUAGAAAAUGCAACGCAAUUCCCAUCUAAACUCACUCACCUUCUGGAUGGCUUCAGAGCAUCAAAGGCUUUGUUUGUGGCAUCUAAGCUGAAAGUAUUUGAUGUUCUGAAAGAUAAGGGCACCUUGACAGCUGUGGAAGCUGCUAAUAAACUUAAAACCUCGGUGUGUGGCACAGAAAGAUUACUUGAUGCCUGUACCUCUCUUGGCCUAUUGGACAAGAACCAUCUAGGUUACAGCAAUACAGAUAUGACAAAUUUAUAUCUAGCAUCAGAUGGCGAAUGUUCACUUCAUGACUACGUUCUCUACUGUAAUGACCACACAUGGCCUCUGUAUAAACAUUUGGAGUUGGCAGUCAAAGAGGGGACUCCGCUGAACCAAAUAUUUGAGAAGAAAGCAGAAGAUUGUAUUCAGGAUUUCUGUUGCCAAACUACAGAGGCGAAGCAACGUUUUAUGAGUGCCAUGCACAGCAUUUCCAAACUAACAGCAAGAGAUGUAGCCGCGGCUUUUGACCUUUCACAGUUCAGAGCUGCGUGUGAUUUGGGAGGUUGCACUGGAGCUUUAGCUUAUGAGCUGGUCCAUAUCUACCCAGAGAUGAGAGUCACGGUAUUUGACCUUCCAGAAAUCAUCACGAGUGUCUCCAGCUGUCAGCCUUCAAGACAAAACCCAGCUCAGGUUUCCUUCAUGUCAGGUGACUUUUUCAAAGAUAAUCUUCCAAAAGGUGACCUUUAUAUUCUUUCACGAGUUCUACAUGACUGUUCAGAGGAGAAGAUUUCCACUCUCUUUAGCAAAAUAUAUGCUGUUUGCAAGCCAGGCAGUGCUUUGCUGGUAGCAGAAAUUGUGCUUGAUGAGAAACGAACAAGCCCUGCUAGAGCUGUCCUGCAGUCCCUUAGUAUGACGGAAGGCAAGCAAAGAACUGGCUUGGAGUAUAAACAGUUAUUGGAGAAACACGGAUUUACCAAUGUGCAGAUUAAGAUAACAGGAAACCUGCUAGAUGCAAUUUUGUGUUUCAAGAAAACAUCUACCCAUUAAAUUAGAUGGAGCAAGUAAUUUGAUUUACUGCCCCCAUCAGCCGGAAUUAGUAUAGAUGUUUCUGUUUUGGGGUUGCACUAAUGAUUGUCCUGUUACAGUUUGAACUGUGCAUGUUCUACUUUUGUUGAUUAAAACAGUUCUAAGAAAA